GGAGGCGGGAGGAGGCGGAGGCGGCGGCGGAGGAGGAGGAGGAGGCGGCGGCCGGGGGCGGGUUGGGUCCCUCCCCGGGAAGAUGAGGCGGAGGCCCGGUCUGUCGAGCGGGCUGAGCUGGGGCUCUUCCCUCGCAGCCGCCAGGACAAGAUGGCAGCGGCCGAGGCGGCGGCGGCAGCAGCAGCGGCGGGGCUGAGCGGCUGAGCCCGGCCGGAGCGGCGCUUCCCGGAGCGCUCCCGGACAUGCCCAGGGCGGCGGCGGCGGCGGCGGCAGCUCCAGCGCGGACGCCAGCGCGGCCCGACCCGUGAAGGUAUGGCCUCACAAGUCUUGGUCUAUCCACCAUAUGUUUAUCAAACCCAGUCAAGUGCCUUUUGUAGUGUGAAGAAACUCAAACUAGAACCAAGCAGUUGUGUGUACCACGAAAGAACCUACCCGCAAAUCUAUGUGAAUGGUAAAAACUUUGGGAUUUCUCCCCACAGGGUUAGUACUUUCUUUCAGACUAAAAACCCAUUUGACAGACCUCGAGGACAGAGCUUUUGGUUGCAGUCAAAUGCUGUUGCUUUAAAAACCACUGCAGGUGCUACAAAGGCGUUGGCAGUGUGGGCGCAGCACGCUCAGCUGGAGGCCCCUCGGGCCGGGACGCAGGGAAGCCGGUCGGAUAUCCUGGAAGGAGCCCAGCGAUGUGGAUUGAAGCGUAAGAGCGAGGAGCUGGAGAGCCAGGGCGGCGCGAUGCAGAUCGUUGACGAGCUGUCCAUCCUGCCCGCAAUGCUGCAGACCGGCGUGGCCAACCCGGUGACGGUGGUGGCCACGGCCGCGGCGCCCAAGCAGGGCGGUACCGGCGGGGACGGGGAUUACCAGCUGGUGCAGCACGAGGUGUUGUGCUCGGUGAAAAACACCUACGAGGUUCUUGAUUUCCUGGGACGAGGGACCUUUGGACAAGUAGUCAAGUGCUGGAAAAGGGGGACGAAUGAGAUCGUGGCGAUCAAAAUCCUGAAGAAUCAUCCUUCCUACGUGCGCCAAGGGCAGAUAGAAGUGAGCAUCUUAGCGAGGCUAAGCACUGAAAACGCUGAUGAAUUUAACUUUGUGAGAGCCUAUGAAUGCUUUCAGCAUCGUAACCAUACUUGUCUGGUUUUUGAGAUGUUGGAACAGAAUUUGUACGACUUCCUGAAACAAAACAAGUUCAGCCCUCUGCAACUGAAAGUAAUAAGGCCUAUUCUGCAACAGGUGGCCACUGCACUGAAAAAACUAAAAAGUCUGGGUUUAAUCCAUGCUGACCUCAAACCAGAGAACAUUAUGUUGGUGGAUCCUGUUCGGCAGCCUUACCGGGUCAAAGUCAUAGACUUUGGGUCUGCCAGCCACGUAUCAAAGACUAUUUGUUCAACUUAUUUACAAUCUCGGUAUUACAGAGCACCAGAGAUCAUACUGGGAUUGCCGUUUUGUGAAGCCAUAGACAUGUGGUCGUUAGGGUGUGUGAUUGCAGAGCUGUUUCUUGGAUGGCCACUGUACCCAGGAGCACUGGAAUAUGACCAGAUUCGUUACAUUUCACAGACUCAAGGUUUGCCAGGAGAGCAGUUGUUAAGCAUGGGAACGAAAACUGCAAGAUUUUUCUGUAGAGAAACCGAUGCACCAUAUUCUAGUUGGAGAUUAAAGACUUUGGAAGAACACGAGGCAGAAACGGGUAUGAAGUCUAAAGAGGCCAGAAAGUAUAUUUUCAACAGUUUGGAUGAUAUAGUGCACGUGAACAUGGUGAUGGAUUUGGAAGGAAGUGACCUGUUGGCAGAGAAGGCAGAUAGGAGGGAAUUUGUCAGUCUGUUGAAGAAAAUGUUGCUUAUCGAUGCUGAUUUAAGAAUCACUCCAGCUGAGACCCUGAACCAUUCUUUUGUUACCAUGAAGCACCUCCUCAAUUUUCCUCAUAGCAACCAAGUGAAGUCCUGCUUUCAUAUCAUGGAUAUUUGCAAAUGCCGAUCAAACCUGUAUGACUUAAGCAAUUGCAAUAAAACAUCACUUAUGAGAUCAGUUGCCUCAGGCAGUGCAGGCAACCUGACUGCAAGCUUUACCAAGAUUGGUCCAGUAAGAAGUCAGGCAUUAACUGCAUCUGCCCACUCAGUUCUGCACCAAGGGAUUCCACUGCAGGCAGGAACUGCUCAGUUUGGUUGCAGUGAUGUUUUCCAGCAAGCAUUGAUUAUAUGUCCUCCAGCUAUUCAAGGAAUUCCUACAAACCACAGCAAACCCACCAGUUUCUCCCUGAGGGUGGAUAAUGCAGUUCCACUGGUGACCCAAGCCCACGCAAUUCAGCCACUACAGAUUCGAGCAGGAAUCCUUUCUCAGGCGUGGUCCAACCAGACACAGCAGAUCCUGGUUCCUGCAUGGCAGCAGGUAGCACCAGUGGCAGCUCCAGCCACAUCUCUGGCCUCUGAUCCUGUGGCUGGCCCACAGAGGCUUGGAGACUGGGGGAAGAUGAUUACCCAGGGCACCCACUACAGCUCAAUGAUACCACAGCCUCUUUUAACACAUCAGAUAACCUUGUCUGCCCCUCAGCCAAUUAGUGUGGGCAUUGCACACGUUGUCUGGCCUCAGCCUGCAGCUACCAAGAGGAACAAACUGUGCCAGAACAGGAGCAACAUGCUACAAAACACCAACAUCCAAAACUCGGCCUUUAUCUCUCCAAAGAUCCUCAACCUGAAGGCUGUCAAGAGGAUAAGCUGUCUAGAAGCACAGGACAAUCUCAACUCGGAGGGGCAGGAGGGCGGCUGCUGCGGGGCCUCGCUCAGGCUGGCCGCUGAGCCCUGUGUCCCCAGCAGCCCACGGCAGGCCCUGUUCCUGGCUGGCUCCCCCAGCCCCGCCGUCAGCGUCAUCACCAUCAGCAGUGACACCGACGAGGACGACGUGGCGCGGGCGCACCCGCUGAGGGAGUGUAAAGGGAGCCUGGAGUGUGAAGCCUGCCAGAACACCCUGAACAUUGACCGUGUGUGCUCCCUGAGCAGCCCCGACAGCACGCUCAGCACCAGCUCCUCGGAGCAGUCCAGCCCCUCUCCUUGCAAGAGAUCCAACAGUAUGUCAGAUGACGAACAGGAAAGUGGAUGUGAUACAGUGGAUGGUUCCCCAAGCUCAGACUCCUCAGGACACGACAGCCCCUUUGUGGAAAACGGCUUUGUAGACAAUAACAAUAAAAACAAGGAAGCAAGAGCCUCAGUUAACCCUGAAACCAAAUCAACUGUUUGCACAGUAGUGGUACCACCCCUGAGACUUGAAAACAGGUUACAUCUUGAGGAACAGAUGGUGAAUACAGAUGCUCCGUGCCAGCCACUGAGAAAAGGUCGGUCUGUCCUGGGGAGAAUAAACCAGUCUUCUGUGGUGGGGAGCCGGCAGCAGAAACUGGCAUCAGCAUUCCAUCAGCACCACGGAAACUUCAGUCAGGUCCAGCACUUCGCCUCGGGGCCGCAGGAGUGGAACGGGAACUUCGCCCCGCGCCGCCAGCAGCAGCAGCAGCAGCAGCCGCCUUUCCUCCCGGCCGGCGUGGCCAGCCACGCGUUCUCCCUGCCCCAGGGCAGCCCCAGCCACCUGGGCGGGCAGCCCGCCAUCCUGCCCUUCGCCUCGCCGGCGCCGCCCGUGGCGCACCUGCUGGCCUCGCCCUGCGCCUCCAGACCCCUGCUGCAGCACCCGGCCUACGGCCUGAGCCCCGCCGGCGGCGUGGUGCACCAGCUGCCCGUGGGCAUCAACCCCCGCCUGCUGCCUUCCCCCUCCGUGCACCAGACUCAGUACAAAGCCCUCUUCCCGCCCCACUCGUACGUCGCCGCCUCGCCCGCCGCCUACGCGGGCUUCCCGCUGAGCCCCACCAAACUCGGCCAGUACCCGUUCAUGUGAGAGCUCGCCGCGUUGAGGAGAGGACGCAGGAGUUGGGUUCCAGAAGAAACAUGGUGUUUUUAUCACGUAUUAGCCAUGGCACAACAGGAAAAUUUUUUUUUUUUUUUUUUUGAAUCAUGUAGA